AACCAGCCAACCCACAACACUCGCGCAGAUCCCAACGGUAUCGUGCCAGACAAAUAGCCCUAGCCCUAAUGCAAGUACGCGCAGAUUACCAAAACAACAACAACAACAACAACAACAACAACAACAACAACAAUAACAACAACAACAACGAAACCGAAGAGGUGGAUAGAGAGGCAGCUACACGGACACCAUCGCCCAACGAGCAACAGGUUGUGAGCGAUGUACGGAACAGUGAGCAAGUUGUCUACAACCUACGCAGGGGGAGGACAAUACGACCCUUCCCCACUAACCAACAAAGAACAAGACAACUCAGAAGACAGCCAUCACCCAUACGGGUACGGGUACCCACGGUCCAAAGCACUGAAGAAACCAGUCGAAACCUGGCGCAACUUAGCCUAUUGCAGCGUAGGGGACAUCCACCCCUCCCGCGACUACGCUUGCGCCUGACGCGCCUGACGCCACCACAACCACCACAACCAUCACGUAUAAUACCACAACCCCCGGACCAACAAGGACCAGAGGUACAGUCACAAAUGGAAGCAGACAACGCACGUUAUAUAAUGGAGCGUAUGUCAGUAAACCACCCAACCUCCCGUUCCUCUUUUGUAGACCCAAGAAUCUACGAACAGGUCAGAGCCUACAUAGACGCAGCGGUACAACGCCGUGUUAAUUCCAUAGAGUCCCCCGCACAGAUUGCACACCUCCCAACGGAAGAAGAGAUAGAGGAGUUCCAGCGCCUUAGUCUAGGACUGAUAAUGGACACUUACUACGAAUAAGGAGUAGC